AUGCGAGCCAGAAGACCCAGGCUUACCUUCCUGUUGCUUGUCUCUGUACUUCUUGUAAGUCUUUGCCAGCAGCAGCCCGCCAACGGCGGCCCCUGCGCCAACAGCGACGUUCUUGAUCAGAUCCGGGCUGAAUGGAGAUUUGCCGCCCUCAGCAGGCGCUGGGCUCCCCUGGCCCUGCUGGCCCUGCUGAGGCUGCUGGUAGCCCUGCUGGCCCUGCUGGUAGCCCUGCUGGUAGCCUUGCUGUCCCUGCUGAGGCUGCUGGUAGCCUUGCUGUCCCUGCUGAGGCUGCUGGUAACCCUGCUGUCCCUGCUGUCCCUGCUGAGGCUGCUGGUAACCCUGCUGGCCCUGCUGAGGCUGCUGGUAGCCUUGCUGGCCCUGCUGGUAGCCUUGCUGGCCCUGCUGAUAGCCUUGCUGGCCCUGCUGGUAGCCUUGCUGGCCCUGCUGAUAGCCUUGCUGGCCCUGCUGGUAGCCUUGCUGGCCCUGCUGAUAGCCUUGCUGGCCCUGCUGGUAACCCUGUUGGCCCUGCUGGUAGCCUUGGCCGAAUCCCUGCUGGCGUGCGCUGUCCUCUCCAUAGUCCGGGUAUCCCUGCCGUCCCUGCCCAUCCCCCUCUACAUUAUGCUUUCCGACAGUGCUACUAGCCACAUGACUCUCGCCGUAGCCGCUUGGCCUGCUCUCGCCGUGCUCGCCGGUCCGCCCCUCGUUCCGCCCACCAUGGCUGUAUCUACUCUCCUCCUCCUGCCUGCCUGGGCGAGUUCCGGAGCUGUAGCUGCCGCUGUGGGACGUCUUCCCUUCGUCAUAGUCUGCGCUUUCUCUGCGCGCCAUCUAAAUUGUUCGAGUGGUACGUCUUUGUGGCAGUCGCGUACAAGCCGACCGCCUCACCUUAUGUUUAUAUACCAGCCGCUUGCCCCGCUACAUAUCGUCCGGCACAGCAGGAAAUGCGUGUCUGGAUGCGCCACAUACCGGCGGCGAUCGGCUCUGCCCCGUCUGCCCUAA